GUCAUGUUCAAAAAGGGAAUCGGUAUUUCAAAUAUCGACUUCUAAUCUUUCUGCUGAAGCGUCUCAUCCUUCUUUAGCCUUCGUCUCUUAACAAUUUUGCCUAAUGUCAAACGAUGUGCCUAUUGAUCUCGCCUUGCUUCAUUCACUAGAAAUAAAAGCAACAGAACUGUCGCAGCAGUUUGCAGAACAAGUUGAGCGUGUUCAACAACAGUUGCGACAAAUGUUAGGGUCAACAAAAGAAGCAAGUAGCGUAUAUAAACUGUCGAUAAAAAACCUGGCUCAAGAAAUUGAUUCAAGUACUAAAAAGACGAUUGAACUCAUUACUUAUUGCGAUGAACUCGAUAAAGAUCUUGCUCAGUUACACAUACUCUCGAAACAAAUUAAAUCAGUAGAUAAAUCUCUAGAUCGAUUACAAGCAGCUCUUUCUGAGAAAAGGACAUGACAUCCGUUGCAAUUUUGUAAUUUUACCCAACAUACAAAGAUAAGAUCGAACGUAUACCAAGCCAAACUGACGCUUGUAGUCUCUUUUUUCCAAACAAAGUUUCUGAUCAUCUGGUUUCCAUAAGAGCCAUAGCUUUUGAGAUAUUCCCGGAAAGCAUCGUAUAAUCCCAAAUCAAUAGCAUUGUUCUUAUCACAGUUUGCAAUAAACGAAUAUUUGAUAUAAGGGA